AUGUAUUAUGCACAUGUCCUAUCUCUGUCACUAUAAAGAACCCUGCCCACUCCUCCUUUAUUACUUCUUCUACAUUUCCAUUUCCAUGACUAAUAUUGUUUGUCAUCAUCAUUAUCUCCUCCUAUUCAAACAACGCCUACCCAACACUCCCUGUUCAUUUCUUUUUCUUCUCUUUUUAAUUUUUUAUUAAAAGAAAUUUUCUUGGUUCUUCUUAUUACUCUCUUCAUCUUCAAAAUACUUAGAAAUAUCUCUGUUCCACUUUCUCUUUAGCUAACCACAAAAAUAUCUUACCCUUUUGGGAGGAAGAGGGAGAGAGAGAGAGAAAGAGAGAGUUUGUGUUGUAAAUUCCACAAAUUUAGGGAAAGAAAUAGAAUGGCAGAAGAGGAGAUGAGUUUGAGUGAGGUAACUGGUCCAUUUCGUCAGGUUCUUUUUAUCUCAGCUGGUGCUAGCCAUUCUGUUGCUCUUCUCUCUGGAAAUGUUGUUUGCUCUUGGGGACGAGGAGAGGAUGGGCAGUUAGGCCAUGGGGAUGCGGGGGAUAGGCUUUCUCCAACACAGUUGAGUGCCUUAGAUGGACAUGAAAUAAUAUCUGUUAUUUGUGGAGCUGAUCAUACAACUGCAUAUUCAUUGUCACGUGCUGAAGUUUAUAGUUGGGGAUGGGGUGACUUCGGAAGACUUGGUCAUGGAAAUUCUAGUGACGUGUUCACUCCUCAACCGAUAAAAGCAUUACAUGGUCUGAGGAUAAAACAAAUUGCUUGUGGAGACAGCCAUUGUUUAGCUGUGACAAUGGAAGGAGAGGUACAAAGUUGGGGAAGGAAUCAAAAUGGUCAACUUGGUCUUGGAACCACUGAAGACUCUCUUGUACCUCAAAAGAUUCAAGCCUUUCAGGGUGUUUCUAUCAAAAUGGUUGCUGCUGGUGCUGAGCAUACUGCAGCUGUUUCAGAAGAUGGUGCCCUCUAUGGAUGGGGCUGGGGACGAUAUGGAAACUUGGGCUUAGGUGACAGAAAUGAUCGCUUUGUUCCUGAGAAGGUUUCUACUCUCAAUGUAUGUCACAGUGCUCCUAUUUGUAUGGCCUCUUUCUUUACUUAAGUAACAUUUAUAAGA